CGUCGUUCCAUCGUUAGAUCGACAAGUCCGCCCACUCUUAAUUGCAGGUUGAGUAUGUAUGUAAAGUGUUAGGAGGAAAAUGGCAAAAAAUUAGUGGUAUUGGUUUCUCUGUUUUUGCUUUAGGUUGGCCUAUUUGCAUAGUUGAUUAACGCUUCAUUUAUUUUAAUGAUAAUUAUGAAAAGAUCAAGAUUAGGCACUUAGUGGUGUAUGCAGUAUGAUCAUCUGAAAAUGGGGCUAAUUAUGGAAAUAAUAUUAUUCAAGUUAGGUGAACGAAGAUCAUCGUUUUAGAUGAUUUAUUUAUCAUAUUAGCACUAGAGACAUAAUUAAAUUGGUGAUUUUGAUUGGGAGAUUCAUUAAAAAUGCCAUGAUUACAAAUAGCAAAUUGCAUAUAGUUAGUUCAGCGAUCUUAUCAUCAUUUUUCAGUGCAAGUGGUCAAUUUCUCUAACAACUCUAGAAACAUAUGUUGCUUUCCCUGCUGGAAUUGAGUUUUACAGUGCAGUCACAAUCAGAAGGAAUCGAUGAAAUUUCCAUCGACCUAAAGGGGAAGAAGCUAACCGUGAUUGGAACGGUCGACCCAGUAUCCGUGGUUAGCAAACUUCGCAAAAAGAGCUGGCCGGCCAAGAUAAUCUCGGUGGGGCCAGCCAAAGAGCCGGAGAAGAAGAAGGAGGAGCCUAAGAAGGAGGAACCCAAGAAGGAGGAGGCAAAGAAGGAAGAGGAGCCAAAGAAGGAGGAGGUGAAGAAGGAAGAGGAGCCGAAGAAAGAAGAGGCGAAGAAGGAGGAGGCGAAGGAAGGAGAAAAGAAAGAAGAGCCUAAAAAGGAGGAGAAGAAGCCGGAGCCGGAAAUGAUGCAUCAUCAAAUGAUGCAGGUGAUUGGCACUGGAUUGCCGUAUAGGCCUUACCGGCCCUACUAUCCUCCUGCGCCCACAUACUACCCCGUGCACCACAGCAUGGAAGAGAACCCGAACGCGUGCAUUAUAAGCUAAGGUGAUCAUGCCCCGUGCCGUUUCCGUUUCCGUUUUCCGUUCCUUGCCAUCUAGGGUUGAAGCUAAAUCAUUUUGAUGUUUAUGUACAUAUAAUAAGUUGAAAUAUUGAUUUUGGUCCUCAUUUUUGUGUAUGAAUUUUAGUUUUUAUUCUUGAUGGCAAGUGGUAGAGAGAGGUUUGGUUUCCCUAGUUGGGAGCUUAGCUGGAAAGGUGCAAAAUCGUGUAAUAUAAAAUUUUCUAUAUUGCUAAAUAUGAAGCCAAAAGAGUUUGAAGUGGCA